GAUACAAAUAAUGGUGAGGGAAUUGGGUAUGUCAGAAUGGAGAGGACAAGAAGGGAAUGGAUGGAGUUGCCGAUCCAAAGGCCUGGCUCAGGAGUGAUCCUGUGCCACCUGUACCAUCAAGAUCAAGAUCUGGCUGCUAGCGGGAACUUCCAUCAACACGCACGUAAAAGGACUGAGUAAUGGUGUAAUAGUGAAAAAGAAGCAUUGCAAGAAGCAACAGAAACAUGAGUGGAAAAACUAAGGAGCUGUACAACAUGAAACAGGCCACAAGAAGAAAUACAUAGGCCCAUGUAUGAGCACUACACUAUUGCAGAAGCAGCUACUCAGGCCAUCAGGGGCCUCCAGCGUGGGACUCCUUCUGUGUGGCACCAGGCGACAUAAACAGCAAGUUAAUACGUCAUGUGACUCACUGUGGAAGAUUCAACAGCAUCGCAGAUGAAGUGAUGGAAAAGAGGCAGGAGAAGAGUGACAACCUAGGCAGCCUGUUUUGGUGUACAGCCUCUGCUUUCCCAAACCACACAGCUGUUCUGUAUCUCAGAGAUGGAGAGUGGAAGGUGGUGACCUAUGAUGCCCUAAAGACAGAGGCAGUCCAGAUUAGAGUGGCACUGAGCCAUCAUGAUCCCAGGACACAGCAGACCAGCAAAGAUGAGGCACAAUAUAAGAGUCAGGCAGCAGAAAGCCUCACUACCACCUUGGUGGGUGUUGAUGACUCACAGGCAGAGAGUCAUGGCUCUGAGGUGCAAGUUGUGGGGAUCCUGUCAUCAGGUCCUGAGGCAGUUGCUUGCAUCCUUGGAACACUUCCCAGCUGUGGCUACUGGUACAUCUCCCCACAAUACACUAAGAGAGAAGUCACUGAUUUAGUUGAGAGAAUUCAGCCUGAGCGAAUACUAGUUGAAGAAAGUUUUCUGCACAGCAUUGAAGACAUUGAAUCUGUGAUCCUAGACACACUUUGCAUAUUUGGAACAAACUUCAAAUUGAUAUCCACUAAGUACAUGAAAUGUUCAUCAAUUCACAGACCUGAAACUUUGGCAUAUGUGGUGCCAACCUCUGGGUCCACUGGCAUCCCAAAGUGUGUUUAUGUGCCUCAUGCCUCCAUCAUGCCAAACAUUUAUGAUUUUGUGCAUCUGUUCAAAGUCAGCUCUAAAGACAGAAUAUUCUGUGCUGCCCCUCUCACUUUUGACCCCAGUGUUAUUGACCUCUUUCUGGCUUUCUGUGUAGGUGCUAGCCUGGUCAUGGUACCCUCGUCUAUCCUGAGGAUACCCAGGCUGCUGCUACAGGUUUUACUGGAGCAGAAGGUCACAAUCCUUCAGGCCACACCAACCCUUCUCCUUAGCCUUGGCCAUCACAGGGUGAGAGAGUCUCUCCUAGCACAGGGUUCAUGGCUGAGGGUGUUGGCCUUAGGUGGUGAGGUGUUCCCCAAAGGGGCUGUCUCGCAUUGUAUCGGAGGAGGUUGUGCAGCAAAGAUUUUCAACCUUUAUGGACUAACUGAGGUGUCUUGCUGGGCAUCUGUUUGGGAGUAUGUGCCUGAGGAAACUGGUACAUCUUCUGAAGUGGAAUGGAUGCCCAUUGGGAAACCUUUGUCUUACACUGAAAUAAAAGUGCUGAGCAAAACAGGAGAGGAAGUGGAGGAUGGGGAAGGGGAGAUACAUGUUGGAGGUGAGCAGAGGGUGUGCUUGGUGGAUGAUGGUAGUGGUAUUGGCAUGGAAGAUCAGACACUGACCCACUUGAAGGCAACAGGUGACCUGGGGCUUGUGAAGGAGGGCCACAUUUAUUGCCUUGGAAGAUUGGAUGACCAGAUCAAGAGGAAUGGUCAGAAAAUUAGUUUGAGGGAAAUUGAAAGUGUUUGUUCACAUUUUCCUUACAUCAGUCAGUGUAUUGUUGUGCCAGACUCAAAAGACAGACUAGUGGUAUGUAUGUGUCUGUUUGAUAAAGAAGUCACAGUGGAUGAUGUUUGGAGGGAUCUGAGGAACUGUUUGGCACCGUGGAAAAUUCCUGAUGAAGUGGUGUUCAUUGAUUCUGUGCCCUUCAAUACUCAUGGGAAAAUUGAAAUGCAAGAACUGCUCUCCCUUGUGACAAAGCUUCAUCACACUUCCAGGCAUGCACAGACUCUGCAAGACUUCUUCAAAGAGAUAUGGAUUAGAACUCUAGGUUAUGAGGAUGUGAGGAAGGAUGACCAGUUUGUCCUGUGUGGUGGGAACUCACUCACGGCUGUACAAGUAAAUGUCGCAGUGGAAGAAUUUUUGGGAUGUGAAAUCCCUGAGUUUCUUGAUAUACUGCUACACAAACCAUACAGCGAGAUUGUUCAAGUUUUGAGGACAUAUCAGCUGGCCAGAAAGAGUAGUGAUUUCAGUAGAGUUGUAAAUAAGAGGGCUAAAACUAAACAUGUUUCACAUCUACAACUUCAGCAUAAUAACACUAACUUAACAGAAAUAAAAAAACCUGAUACUGAUGAGGUUUGUAAUCAUCAGAGUGCAAAGGAAAGCACCAUGAAUGCUAAGCCAAAAGAUAAUGCAAGUCUAGAUAAGAGCAUUCUUCUAGCAGCUGUUUCAAGAAGAGGUGUUCAGCUGAGGGAAUCAGAGUCAUCAUCACUAAACCUUUCCUCACACACUUACUUGCUGAGGUGGAAAUUUAACCUUGGAAAGUGUAUAGACUCUUCACCUCUCCUUGUCAAGCAUUCAUGUGGGGACAUAUUUGUAUUUGUUGGCUCUCACUCCCACAAAUUUGUGUGCCUUGAUGCUGUCAGUGGAGUUGAAAAGUGGAGCUGUAUGCUUGGGGACAGAGUGGAGUCAUCCCCAGCUGUUUCACGAGAUGGGGUUUUUGUUUAUGUUGGUUGUUAUGACUACCACCUUUACUGCCUCAGAGUGGAGGAUGGGAGUGUGGCAUGGAAGUACAAAACUAGAGGAGAAGUGAAGAGCUCGCCAGUUGUGGAUCAGGAGACUGGUUGUGUAGUGUUUGGAUCUCAUGAUAAGCACCUGCACUGUGUGUGUGCGGAUGGGGAGGCUAAAUGGGUUUUACAAGUGUCUAGUGGAAGUAUAUUUUCCUCUCCAUUUAUUGGUGGAACCUUAGUGAUUGUGGCCACACUGGAUGGGGUGGUGUGUGGUGUGGACAAGGCUAGUGGAGGGAUUAGGUGGAGGGUGACACUCAAUAAGCCAGUGUUCAGCUCACCCAUCAUUUAUUCAAAGGGUGUUGUGUUUGGCACUGUUGAGGGCCUGGUGCUUAGUUACACCCUCAGUGGCUCUCCUAUGUGGAAAUUCAAGACAGGGGGAAGUAUUUUCUCAUCCCCAUUUGUGUUAAACCUUAGUAACUCACUUCAGGUUAUUGGUAUUGGAUCACAUGAUGGCUGUGUUUAUUUUUUUACCCAUCAGGGAGAGCUUAUGGCCAAGUACUGUUCUGCUUCCCCUGUGUAUGCCACCCCAUUCAUGUACCAGGAGGGUGAGGGUGUGUUUGGGGCUGUGGUAUGUGAGACGCUUGGGAGGUGUUGUGUGUUGAGGGUGGCAACUGAUGGGAAGCAGGAGGAAGGCACCACACAAAGGGCAGGUGUAGAGGUGAUGUGGAAGUAUGAGUUUCCAGGAGAACUCUUUGCCUCGCCAAUAUUUUAUGAGAAAAGGUUAUGGAUUGGUUGUCGAGAUGAUUUUCUCUACUGCUUUGAUGCUCUCUAAGUGAAAUGUGCAUCUUUCACUGGUGGAUUGUGGUAGGUGGAUGACAGAUUACAUUUACCAGAAGUGAGAACAGUAUAUUUUUGCACACAACUGAUAAAGUAUACAAUUAGUGCUAACAAAAACAGCUUUAAAUUAAUGUCUAAACUGUCUCCUGUGAUAUGUGCCUUUUGGUUAAUGACUGAUAUCUCAUUAUUAGAAGGUUACUUACUGUAGAUAUUGCAAUACAUUCUUAUAUUAGAUAUUUGUUAAAUAUCUCGAUCAUAUCUUUCAUUUCUUGAUCCAUCAGUUCUUGUUUCAUUGUCUACAUGAUUCGGGUAAAAAUUAGUGCCAGGUUAUGUCUUGCCAUGGUUGUUUUUUUCUUUUCAAGUAUUAUUGUUGCUCUGUGCUGCAUGUCAUCUAUUUAUUCAAGACGUGGAAAAAUGUAUGUACCGGAUGACUCUCAUUUUCUAUUUUCACCAGCACAUGGCUAACUUGGCAGCUGAAAACGGAGGUAAGUAAUUGGUGAUGUUGUGUGUGAUCCUGUCCUUGAUGGAGGUACCUUAGUUCUGGGCAGUCUAACAGGUGGAGCAGCGGUGAGGCUGCUGACACAAUACACUAGGUAUGGAAUGGUACAGCUAAGUCUCUAGUGAGUACUGACAGCACUUGCAGUCUUGUUGUAAAGGUAAAGCUGGGGACAUAUGCUGUGUGUGGCCUUGGCUCUCAUCUCCAUCUCAUUUGCCUUCAUGCCUAUGUUUGAUAUCCCUUGCUUUACAACACAGGGACACUGUGACAUCCAGGUUUCCAUAGUUUACCUCUCCCAGUGCCCCAAAGUAUCCAUUCAUUGACUAAUCUGAGGGAACAAUGAACAGCUGUUCUGUUCUUUUACAUAUUUUCUUCUGUUCCAACUUACAUGUAUUCUUACACCUAUACUUCAUUCUUGUUCUGAUUUCUUUCGCACACUUUUUUGUCUCUUCCUCAAUUUUGUAGUAUUUUUUAUAACUAUACUUUGACCUUAGUCUCCUCAGAUUUUAACAUUAAAUCCCGCAUUUUAAAAUGCUUUGGCUUCUCAUACGGACUGUUUUCAAUAACCAUAAAGAUAUGAAUUGGGUUCUUUUGGGUCUUUAUUUUCCAACUAAUUGUAUAGAAGCCUUUUCUGAACCACCAUCAUGAAAACGCCCCUGGAAACCCUUAUAACUUUUAGUACAUCACGACAUGCAAUCAAAAUGAUACCUGGAAACAUUGAGAAUGCAAUUCCAAACAGUUCUCCAGUAUUACUUUAUUAAUUUCACUGGCUUCUUACUUCAUGUUAUCAAAAAGGCCCAUGUUUCUUCAUUUCUUGCCUCAGCAUGAUGCACGUACUUCGAGGUGCUCUCAGUCUCUAUGGUCUGAAUUUUUCGCUCACUGUGUUCCAUUCCACAUCCAUAUCUCCAGGAUAUGUUAGUCACUGAAGUUAUGAUGUUCCUCAGCUCAAAGAAAUUUUCUUCUUUAUUUUCCACAAUAAAACUUGGGAAUGAC